UGCCCGUCCUCCCGCAGGCUGGUGGGCCAGGCCGUGGUGUCCUCCUGGUGAUGCGGGGCGAGGCCCCUCGCACAGGCAACUGAGAGCCCCCGACGCGCCCCUGGCCGCCGCCAUGGCCCGCCUGGCCGCCGUGCUCUGGAGUCUCUGUGUCACUGCCGUCCUGGUCACUUCGGCCACCCAAGGCCUGAGCCGGGCCGGGCUCCCGUUCGGGCUGAUGCGCCGGGAGCUGGCGUGCGAGGGCUACCCGAUUGAGCUGCGGUGCCCGGGCAGCGACGUCAUCAUGGUGGAGAACGCCAACUACGGGCGCACCGACGACAAGAUCUGCGAUGCCGACCCGUUCCAGAUGGAGAACGUGCAGUGCUACCUGCCCGACGCUUUCAAGAUCAUGUCGCAGAGGUGUAACAACCGGACCCAGUGCGUGGUGGUGGCCGGCUCCGAUGCCUUUCCUGACCCCUGUCCCGGGACAUACAAGUACCUGGAGGUGCAGUACGACUGUGUCCCCUACAAAGUGGAGCAGAAAGUCUUCGUGUGCCCAGGGACCCUGCAAAAGGUGCUGGAGCCCACGUCGACGCACGAGUCGGAGCACCAGUCGGGCGCUUGGUGCAAGGACCCGCUGCAGGCGGGGGACCGCAUCUACGUGAUGCCGUGGGUGCCCUACCGCACGGACACGCUGACCGAGUACGCGUCGUGGGAGGACUACGUGGCGGCGCGUCACACCACCACGUACCGCCUGCCCAACCGCGUGGACGGCACUGGCUUCGUGGUCUACGACGGCGCGGUGUUCUACAACAAGGAGCGCACGCGCAACAUCGUCAAGUACGACCUGCGGACGCGCAUCAAGAGCGGGGAGACGGUCAUCAACACGGCCAACUACCACGACACGUCGCCCUACCGCUGGGGGGGCAAGACGGACAUCGACCUGGCGGUGGACGAGAACGGGCUGUGGGUCAUCUACGCCACCGAGGGCAACAACGGGCGGCUGGUGGUGAGCCAGCUCAACCCCUACACGCUGCGCUUCGAGGGCACCUGGGAGACGGGCUACGACAAGCGCUCGGCGUCCAACGCCUUCAUGGUGUGCGGCGUCCUGUACGUGCUGCGCUCCGUCUACGUGGAGGACGACAGCGAGGCGGCGGGCAACCGCGUAGACUACGCCUUCAACACCAACGCCAACCGCGAGGAGCCCGUGAGCCUGGCUUUCCCCAACCCCUACCAGUUCGUGUCCUCCGUGGACUACAACCCGCGCGACAACCAGCUCUACGUCUGGAACAACUACUUCGUGGUGCGCUACAGUCUGGAGUUCGGGCCCCCGGACCCCAGCGCGGGCCCAGCCACGUCCCCACCCCUCAGCACGACCACCACAGCCCGGCCGACACCCCUCACCAGCACCGCCUCACCCGCAGCCACCACCCCGCUCCGCCGGGCACCCCUAACCACGCACCCAGUGGGCGCCAUCAACCAGCUAGGACCUGACCUGCCUCCAGCCACGGCCCCGGCCCCCAGCACCCGGCGGCCCCCAGCCCCCAAUCUGCACGUGUCCCCCGAGCUGUUCUGCGAACCCCGAGAGGUACGGAGGGUCCAGUGGCCGGCCACCCAGCAGGGCAUGCUGGUGGAGAGGCCUUGCCCCAAGGGGACUCGAGGAAUUGCCUCCUUCCAGUGUCUUCCAACCCUGGGGCUCUGGAACCCCCGGGGCCCUGACCUCAGCAACUGCACCUCCCCCUGGGUUAACCAGGUGGCUCAGAAGAUCAAGAGCGGGGAGAACGCGGCCAACAUCGCCAACGAGCUGGCCCGCCACACCCGGGGCUCCAUCUACGCCGGGGACGUGUCCUCGUCCGUGAAGCUGAUGGAGCAGCUGCUGGAUAUCCUGGAUGCGCAGCUGCAGGCCCUGCGCCCCAUCGAGCGCGAGUCGGCCGGCAAGAACUACAAUAAGAUGCACAAGCGAGAACGGACCUGCAAGGAUUACAUCAAGGCCGUGGUGGAGACGGUGGACAACCUGCUCCGGCCCGAGGCCCUCGAGUCCUGGAAGGACAUGAACGCUACGGAGCAGGUGCACACGGCCACCAUGCUCCUGGACGUGCUGGAAGAGGGCGCCUUCCUGCUGGCCGACAACGUCAGGGAGCCCGCCCGCUUCCUGGCCGCCAAGGAGAACGUGGUCCUGGAGGUGACAGUUCUGAACACGGAGGGGCAGGUGCAGGAGCUGGUGUUCCCCCAGGAGUACCCGAGGAAGAACUCCAUCCAGCUGUCGGCCAACACCAUCAAGCAGAACAGUCGCAAUGGGGUGGUCAAAGUCGUCUUCAUCCUCUACAACAACCUGGGCCUCUUCCUGUCCACGGAGAACGCCACGGUGAAGCUGGCGGGCGAGGCGGGCGCGGGCGGCCCCGGGGGCGCCUCCCUGGUGGUGAACUCGCAGGUCAUCGCGGCUUCCAUCAACAAGGAGUCCAGUCGCGUCUUCCUCAUGGACCCUGUCAUCUUCACGGUGGCCCACCUCGAGGACAAGAACCACUUCAACGCUAACUGCUCCUUCUGGAACUACUCGGAGCGGUCCAUGCUGGGCUACUGGUCGACCCAGGGCUGCCGCCUGGUGGAGUCCAACAAGACCCACACCACGUGCGCCUGCAGCCACCUCACCAACUUCGCCGUGCUCAUGGCCCACCGCGAGAUCUACCAGGGCCGCAUCAACGAGCUGCUGCUGUCGGUCAUCACCUGGGUGGGCAUCGUCAUCUCGCUGGUGUGCCUGGCCAUCUGCAUCUCCACCUUCUGCUUCCUGCGGGGGCUGCAGACCGACCGCAACACCAUCCACAAGAACCUCUGCAUCAACCUCUUCCUGGCCGAGCUGCUCUUCCUGGUCGGGAUAGACAAGACGCAGUACGAGAUCGCCUGCCCCAUCUUCGCCGGCCUGCUGCAUUACUUCUUCCUGGCCGCCUUCUCCUGGUUGUGCCUGGAGGGCGUGCACCUCUACCUGCUGCUGGUGGAGGUGUUCGAGAGCGAGUACUCGCGCACCAAGUACUACUACCUGGGCGGCUACUGCUUCCCGGCCCUGGUGGUGGGCAUCGCCGCCGCCAUCGACUACCGCAGCUACGGCACCGAGAAGGCCUGCUGGCUCCGCGUGGACAAUUACUUCAUCUGGAGCUUCAUCGGGCCCGUGUCUUUUGUCAUCGUGGUGAACCUGGUGUUCCUCAUGGUGACCCUGCACAAGAUGAUCCGGAGCUCCUCAGUGCUCAAGCCCGACUCCAGUCGUCUCGACAACAUUAAAUCCUGGGCGCUGGGGGCCAUCGCGCUGCUCUUCCUGCUGGGGCUCACCUGGGCGUUUGGCCUCCUGUUCAUCAACAAGGAGUCGGUGGUCAUGGCUUACCUCUUCACCACCUUCAACGCCUUCCAGGGGGUCUUCAUCUUCGUCUUUCACUGCGCCUUACAGAAGAAGGUGCACAAGGAGUACAGCAAGUGCCUGCGUCACUCGUACUGCUGCAUCCGCUCCCCGCCCGGGGCCACCCACGGCUCCCUCAAGACCUCAGCCAUGCGAAGCAACACGCGCUACUACACGGGGACCCAGAGCCGGAUCCGGAGGAUGUGGAACGACACUGUGAGGAAACAGACGGAGUCCUCCUUCAUGGCGGGGGACAUCAACAGCACCCCCACCUUGAACCGAGGCACCAUGGGGAACCACCUGCUGACCAACCCGGUACUGCAGCCCCGUGGGGGCACUAGCCCCUACAACACCCUCAUCGCGGAGUCGGUGGGCUUCAAUCCCUCCUCGCCCCCUGUCUUCAACUCCCCAGGGAGCUACCGGGAACCCAGGCAUGCCUGGGGGGGCCGGGAAGCCUGCGGUAUGGACACGCUGCCCCUUAACGGCAACUUCAACAACAGUUACUCCUUGCGAAGUGGAGAUUUCCCUCCCGGGGACGGGGGUCCCGAACCGCCGCGGGGCCGGAACCUGGCAGAUGCCGCCGCCUUCGAGAAGAUGAUCAUCUCGGAGCUGGUGCACAACACCCUCCGCGGGGGCGGCAGCGGGGCCAAGGGGCCCCCGCCCCCGGAGCCCCCACCCGAAAUCUACUACACCUCGCGCCCACCGGCCCUGGUGGCCCGGAACCCCCUGCAGGGUUACUACCAGGUGCGGCGACCUAGCCACGAGGGCUACCUGGCAGCCCCGGGCCUCGAGGGGCCAGGGCCCGACGGGGAUGGGCAGAUGCAGCUGGUCACCAGUCUCUGAGGGGACCUCACGGACCAGGGGCUGGGUGGCCCAGGCCGGGGAGGAUACCCUGGGCACAGGGCUCUGGUGGGAGAGGGGACGGAUGGAGGCAGUGGCUGGUGGGCCACUCUCUCCGGGCGCCCCUUGGCCCUGCGCCCCACGGUCCC